AUGGCCGCGGACGCAAUGAGUGAUCCGCCAUCAGUCGGCGUCAUCUCAGAGCGGCUACGGAGCCUGCUGCAACGCGCCAGAGAAGUCAAAUUAGUCGAAACCAUUGAUCCUCCUUUGCCCGUCUCAGAAGUAGCACAGGAAAUCUCUUCGCUCGGAAAGGAUGUUUUUGGAUCGCAACCUGAUGCGCACAAGUUCUCUGUUGUCGAGACGGCCGCGAAGAAGAUCUUCUACGAAACCAUUGUACGCCGCUCCGCGCUUGUCGCUUUGUCUGGACCUUCUCAAACUAAUGCACCAAUANNGCAAUCCACUGACAUCAGAACUCCUGGCUUUGUUCGUAUGUGGGACUUCUUGGACCUUCUGCUACUCUGCGGCGAACUUGGACAGUGCGAACCCAUUCUUGCUUUCUGGCUCGUCGAAGAGCUUCUCGACAGUCAGACUACCGAAGGCUGUAGGAUAGUCUUUGACUAUCUCGAGUCUAGACGUGAAAGACUCAUCCAGAAGGACUUUCACAAGACUCAUCUUGCUCUCCUGCGCUCAUGCAACGAACUGCUACGCCGACUUUCUAGAGCCGAGGAUGCUGUCUUUUGUGGACGAGUAUUCUUUUUCCUCUUCCAGACCUUCCCUCUUGGCGACAAAAGUUCCGUCAAUCUGCGCGGUGAAUAUCACACAGAGAACGUUACUGUCUUCGAAAAGGAUCCCCCAGCUGAUGCCGCGGCGACGGAACCCAUGGAUAUCGUUAUGGAAGGCGAAACCGAGUCACAGUCAAAAGACGCUGAUGGCACCGAAAACACUCUUUCGAGCAAGGAUCAAACGAUAGGUUCCACUACCGAGAAGAAAGGCGACGAAAUCAAAGCUGAAGACUCAGAAUUUUAUCCCGUUUUCUGGAGGUUACAGCACGACUUCUCGAAUCCGACGCGACUCUUCGAAGACGAAAACUUCACUCCCUUCAAGGACGGCAUCGAGAAGACGUUGGCAAAGUUCAAGAAGACGCCAGUAGUUGCACAAACCAAGAGUGCUGGAGAUGCUCAACGUGGUAUCAAACGCAAGCUUGGUGACGAGACAGGUGAUCAAUACGCAAGCAAUUACAACCCGAAGUACUUGACCAGUCGCGAGCUCUUCGAACUCGAGAAAAGNCUGAGCGACUUGGCAUUCCAACGUCACAUUCUGGUUCAAGGACUCAUUCUCAUCGACUUUCUGCUCUCUCUCACCGACAAAGCAAAGAAGAAGUGGACAGAUGUUGAGAAAGCCAAUCCCAAGUCAGCCAACAAGGGUCUCCUGUACAGCUUCACAUUGAAUGAAGAGAAUGUAGGUACCAGCACUGCAAGCGAUUCUAGUCACGUACUGACACACAGCAGNGAGAAAUGGGUAAUCUCAACACGUUCCAAGAUUGCCGGUUAUCUGCAGGAAGGACCCGANGGGAAGUUCUACUAUCGUAUGGUCGAUACUGUGCUUUCCCGCGAUAAGAAUUGGGUGAGAUGGAAAUUGGAGAGCUGUCCACCAAUCGUCAGAGAUGCUGUUACUCCAGAAGAGAACACAGAAGCGAAGUCUGGUGCUCGGCAAGCAACCGUCAAUAGGCGCCUCAAGGCGAAACCAAUGGGUGCCAUCGAUGUGACUUUCCUCGCAGAAGUGGACAACGCGAAGGGUCUCGAGGCUCUGAAAGACGCUUCAAGGUUCACGGCUCCAUCACCCGAGAAGCUCGUCAAGGGGAUUGAGGGAGACGACCUUGAUCUGGAAAUGGCCAUGACAGACGAAGAGAAGAACUCUUUGGAGGCUGCCAAGCAGAGCAAGACCUGGCGCGCGCUGCGGGCUGCAUCCAGAACAUCACUGGCGCUGUUAGACAAGGUGGAUCCCUCCACACGCUUACCUGCCUUGUUUAAGCAGGAGGAGAACCAGGGAGAGACUGCUGCUCACGACCCGACAUCUGCACCCGAGAACGACAGUGGAGAAGUCGCCGUGGCCACGUAUGGCAAGGCAGAAGAGCACAUGGCCACUGGAUAG